AUGAGAGUAUCGCUUCGAAAUGGGGGACUUGUCAUGGGAGGACUUCCAGAAGUUGCAAGUGAGUUUCUCGCCGUGUUUGUUUCCUUGGCUGGGCUUUCCAGCCAUUCGUUGCCAACUGUUGCUGCUGUUGCUAUUGCAAUUUCUUUUCUCUUCCGCCCCUCCCCGUUGUUUCAUCGUUGCCAGAAUCAAGUGAUCGAUUUGCGCUCUAGGAAUUGCCACUUGGAGGAAGUGGGGAAGAAGCAGAAUGCGGAGUUGGUGAGCUUGAGGAACACAGUGCAGUCUCUGCAAACCAAUUUGGACCGGGCACAGGCAUCGCUCAACAGUAAACGACGGGCCAAGGACCUGGACCAGUUGUUGGCCGACAACCAGCGACUGCAAGAAAAGUUGCAGUCUCAAGAAGACGAGUUCCGCAUGCAGAACCGGACUGUUUUGGCAGAACUGAAUGCGGUGUGCGAGCAGAAAGAAGCGCUGGAGGCACAAGUGGACUCGGCGACCGAAGAGCAGGCCCGACUCCGAGCCGAGAAUGCCGCCCUUCGCGACAGCAGACGGGAGCACGAGACGCGACUGGACGAGUUGACGCGGCUGCUGACGGACGCCAUGGCGGCGCCAGGAGUGCGUCCCGGCGCCGGCGGGGACGACGAGGAGUUUGUGCACGUCGAAGGCAAUGAAGGCGAGGUGAGAAAGGCUGUGGAAGAAGUGGAGAGACGAGUGCGCAGUUGGGCCGGCGAUUGGAUGAAGGAGAAGAGCGCGCUGGAGGACGAAAAGGAGGCCCUGUCUGGCCGACUGCAGACGAUGGAGGACGAGUACCGCAGGCGACUCGGGGACAUGGAGGAAAGGCUAGACAGCUACGUGCUCCUGCAGCGGGAACGCGAGUCGGAGUUGGAAGUUGCCCGUCGAGAAUUGGACAAGUUGAAAGCCAGGGUCGCUGAAGCCGACUCGGGUCAGACGCUGCAGCAGGUCAGGGUCAAACUGGACGAGGCCAACAAGUCAUUCCAGGAGGCGAGUGCGAUGAAGCUCGUGUUGGAGGCGCAGCUGGGCGACGUGAAGACGGAGCUGGAGGCGUCGCGGCGGGAGUGCGAGGCCGUGCGUCGGGAUGCUGGCAAGUUGCGAGAGCGGCUGCAGAGUUGCGAAGCGGCGCUGGCCCAGUUGCAGCUGGAGGCGCAGGAACGGGAUGCCCGGCUGCAGGACGCGACGACGAUGGCUGAGAAGCGCAAGGCCCUGGUGGACGACAUGGCGAGAGCGAUGCAGGCGCAGACGGACAACGUGGCCCGCGACGCUCAGGCCAUGCAGGACAAGGUGGCCCAGGUCCAGCGGGACGGGGACAAGAGGGCCAAGGAGCUGUUGGACGAGUUGAAGCCUCUGCGAUGUGAACUGCAGUCUCUGAGGCAGCAAUGCUCGAGUUUGGAGCAGCAAUUGAGAGAUGCCGAGAGUCGGCAUCAAGAGGAGCUGGCUGCCGAAAAACGAGGAGCCCAGGUGCUCAUAGCUGAACACGAGUUGCGAGUGCAGGAGCUGGACGGGAAGCUGGAGGCGGCCAAGUCGGGCUACGAGACGGCCGUGGCGGAGCUGGAGCAGAGUCUUCGCGAGGCCCAGUUGGAAGCGGAAGCGAGUGUGGAGAAGGCCAAGAUGAGCGAGGCGGAGACUUUGCGAGUGGCGGGACUCGCUGCGGAUGCCGAAGACCAAUUGCGCCUGGCUGAGAAGAAGCACUGCGGCGAGGAAGAGGCGGCGUUGUCGGGCGAGGAAGUGCAGAGUCUGUUGAACCGAGUGGCGCAGUUGCAGCAGGACAAGUGGAGCAUGGAAGAGCGGCUGCGGACGCUGGAGGAGAGUGCGGCAGGCAUGACGGAUGCCCUGUUGCAGAAGUCGGCCUUGAUUCAGUUCUACUGCAUGGAAGGCAGGGCAGAGCCGAUCCGUAGUAGCUGGCGGGAGGACGGUGUGAGCGGGGCCAAGCGCCAGACGCUGCCGCAUCCCCAAGCCCACCACCACCACCACCACCAGCACAGCCAACAACAACAACAACGACAAUACCUUCACUCUUCGUCUUCUUCUUCUUCUUCUUACUCCUCGUCGAGUAAUUCAGGUGACGCCUCGUCGGGCAGUGGCGGGAAGCAGAAAGUGCGACGAAUUGUGGAUUUUCUCAAGUCCUCGUCGCCGGCCGCCACUUUGGCCCAUGUGUCCUCGUUGUCGGCCGAGGACAACCAGAUGCGCGGCGUCAACAAGCGCAUGCAGCGACUCGUCGAGGAGACACUCACCAAGAACAUGCACCUGCAGCAGAACCUGGAAGACCUGUCCAACGAGGUAGGUGGAGCGAUGACGGACUUGCCCGACUGGCUGGUGGAGAGAGCGGAAGCCGAACUGUUUGAGAAGCCGUCGUGGCGGAGUCGCGAUGUGGAGGCCCUACGUGAAAUGCUCAAGGAUGAACCCGGCCUGGAUGCGCAGGUCGAAGACAAGUUCCUCGUCAAGUUCCUGAGGGCCAGGAAGUUCGACUAUGACCGGGCCUUCGCACUCGUGCGUCACUUUUACUCGCUGCGGGCCGAGCACCGGGCCAUGUUCGACUUUGAACAGGGCUUUAGGCCGUCUUCCCGGGUCGUCGAGCUGGCCACGAAAAAGCUCAACUUGUUCGAAGUUCUGCCGGCAUCGACGACGACGACGACGACGGCCGGCGCCAUCAGAGGAGGAGGAGGAGGAGGAGGCGAUGGCUGUGAUAUUCUCAUUUGCAGGAUCGGGAAUUGGGACCCGCAAGAACUGAGCGUGGACGACCUGCUGUUGGCGACGCUGGUCAUCUUGGAGUACUUGUCGGAGAACUGCGUGACCCAGGUUGCCGGCGUGGCUGCCAUCAUCGACUGCAGACCGUCUUUGGGAGAGCUGGAAGACGGGGAUUCGUCUUCUCAUGCAUCAGGAGGUGUUAGUGGUUCUGGUAGUUGCAUGUCCUGGGCCAGGCUGGCGAAGCAGAUCACUCCGGCGCAGGCCAAGAAAUUCGUGGCCUUUGUCCAGGACCACGUGCCGUUGCGAUGCAAGGGGAUUCACAUUGUGGGCCAGCCCUUGUUCUUCUCGCUCGUCUUCAACUUGUUCCGGCCGUUCUUGUCGGACAAGAACUUUUCUAGAGUGCAUCUGCACGGCGAGGACAUGAGGGGCAUGCAUUCCUUCCUCGAGCCCGAUGGCCUGCCUGCCGAGUACGGCGGGAACCAGGGCAAACUCAUGGACGGCGAUUCGGGUGGAGCCAGACUGAAUGGGACCCCGACCACCUUGGUGGAGUCCAGCAUGCAGUUGUUGGCAGGCAACACUUUGCCAUCUGCACCAAAUGUCAGGAAACUGCUGCCUUCGUGGAAGGAGAAACUUUUGAAUAGGAAAUUCAGAAAUUGCUCGUCACCGGAGAUACGAGUUGAAAAGGCGCUUUCCCUUCGGGCAAACCGAGGACGACGUGACGUGGUCUUGCUGGACACCGACAGAGGCGUUAAUCUGUUUUCCGGCGACUGCAGUUUCCGAAGACUAUAA